GAAAGCGCACGGUUUGGCUGUUAGGACCUCGCGCCGAUCAGCAUUCGAUACCUCUUACGAUUUUCUUACGGCUGUGGUGGGCCGAGUCGAGUCGCUGAAAGCAAUAAACACAUCAAGUGAAACAGAUGCGGGAAAUUGUUGACAAAUAUUCAUGAGUUGGCGAGCAAAAGUGUGGCGCUAUUAAAUAUUUGUUUUACCGAAUAGUAAAGGAUUAACGGGUGUGACUAUUAAAGUGCUGGACAACGAAGAAGAACAACGGACAACGGAGAAGAAGAUCGUUCAGAAGUGCUAUCAAAGGCAAUCAGUGCUGGGCAUCAGUUGGAAGGAACGUUCUUGGACCCGUGGCCGUAGAUGAAUAAUUAAUGGUCACAAUGGGGCGCCUCGUCGACUUGUGUUUUAUUAUCCGAAUAUGGCUAGUGUUAGUUAGUGUCAAAAUCAGUCAGUGUGACAAUGCUGAACCCAGAGCAUUAGAUUUAUCAGUUCCUUGGAGACCCCUGCCGUAUCACGUACCUCAGCAGCAGCUGAUCAGUGUAGCGAGUUUUGACACAACCAGCAAGGACGAGCUGGUCCAUAUAGCGCAGCACAAUGCGCACAUCCUGAAGCAGUUCAACCAACCAAUCACCCAGUAUCAGAACCAGAACACGCAACAGGUUCAACCGGUAGGUGGCACACUUCUGCCUCCUCAACAGUCGCCGCCUCAGUCCCAACAGUCGCACAAAAAGCCUCCACCCUAUGGGGGUCAAACUCCCGGACCCAAGUACAUGACCACGCCACUCUUGUUGACCAACGUAAGCCCAGCCAUGGGCAUGGCUCGCCACGCCAACAAACCUUUUGGACCCAAAUCGGAUCAAAUUACCACGCUCAACUUGGUGCACUCGUCCACACCGAAGCUCGUAACUCCUAUCGCUGGACAUCUGGCUCCGGUUGGAGUCAAGGCGGCCAAAUUCAAUGGCCAAUUUAGGGAACCUGUCCACAAUGCACCGCCUACGACCCUCCAGAAAUCCACCAUCAAUCCUCCUCAUCCAGGGAUGAACAAACAUCCGUCUCACAUGGCGGUGGGCUAUCGGCCGAAACAACCAGUAGCCGCUACUUCGAAUCGUUUGGAACAUUACGUCUCUCCAAAUCACCUAUACGGCACCUACAUCCAGUUUGGACAGGCUUCGAGCCCACUGCAGUCAGCGAAAACCAAAUUCAUCAGCCAACUCGCCAGCCAUCCUAGCUUUGAUGCACAGCUCAAAGGUUUACUGCAUGCUGGCGUUGGUAAUGGCUACCAGCAAACGUUUGCCCACAUCAAGAACCUGCAGAAGAUGAACUACCUCCAGCAGCAGAGCAAGCUGCAGCCCUUCUACAAUCACCUCGCACCCGCAGACAUCGAUCUCCCGAAGAAGUUGACUUCAUCCGGAGAGAAAGAUUCAACCAAAGUCCCUGUCACCCCGUCGACGCCACUUUUCCCACACAUUCCUCCCAGUGUCCUGACACCAUUCUUCCAACAGGUUCAACAGCAACAGCAGAACAAGUACGGGUUCAGCUUGAAGACCCAGCAUCCUGCUCCACCGGCAGCAUCUUCCGCGUCGACACAAUUCUUCAAAGAAAAACCUUAUAAGCACCAAUCCAAUUCCCAAUACGAUCCCCACCAGGUUCACCCGACUCCACUCCAACACCAUGGCACUGAAUCGUUUGGAUUCACUUCCUACCAAAGCCAUCAGCAACCCCCCAUCGAUCAUAAACCCCACGAGGCUGUUAAGUUUAAAGAAAACAAACAUGUGUUCAAUGAAAUUCACGACGAAUACUCGAAGAAUCUAGUCCCACCACCUCCUAGCACCCAACAAGCUUUCUCACCUACAAUCACCAACCAUGCAGAACCUAGCAAAGAUCCUAUUGAGAUCCUCAACAAGUACAACAUCAAAUCCCACUCCCCACUUCAAGAUGCCAACCGAUUCAGUUAUGAAUCGUAUGCCAGACCAAGUGCCUCAUCUCACACUCCUUCAUCGACUCCCAGCUCUACUAGCUAUCCUUCCUCGACCUCAUCCCAAUCCCCACCAAGCACGACUCCACGUCAACCAUUCUACAGCCAUUCGAUCAUCUUCGGCGGUGACCACAACGGUUUCAGCACUCCCGUCAUGGUAACUCCGGUCAACGACGACUGGAUUGGACGAGAUAAGUUCAUCACGACCGAAAAGCCCAACGUUUUUAGACAUCUCUUCCGACAGCAAGAAAGCGAAUACAAACAGCACAAGCUGAUGCACCCUAGCUAUACCGGGCUUCCACCGAAUAAGCGACCUUCCUCGACAACUCCCAUUUCAAUUUCGGACGCGUCAACAGAGGAACCUCUGAUCACGCAUAGCUUCUUCACCAUUGAGGAUGCCAUCUCGGAUCCUACCUUGAUUCCUCCUGGCAGUCGCAACAAGUACAAGUAUACCACGGAAGCUGAAGAGAAUAGGUUGGAUGAGCCUCAACCGGAAAUUGUCACCAUUGGGUCCGCUUACCUUGACUCCCAGGAAUUCGGUACCACAACUCCAUACCCAAUGUUCAAAUCCAAGGGCCGCAGGCGUCGUCCAAAGCCAUCCACCGAACAGUCCAUCGAUUCUGAUUAUACUGAAGCUCCAGCCGAGCGUCCAAAUCGUAACCGGUUCCGGUUCCGACCACGACCAACCAUAGAUGCCGAUAACGAACUCAAGACAACCACCAUCUCUCCACCGACCACUCCGUACAUCGCGGAAGAAAGCUCACUCAGGAAGCUCCGCAAGAAGCUUCCGACCACAUUCAAUCGAAACCGUAUCACAGCCAACCGCGAAGAACAGGAUCAAGAACAACCGGACACUCCAGCAACGCAACUUCCGCCAGUGACUACCACCGUGGCCUUCAGUACUCCCACAUCUUUGUUCAACUUCCAGAACGAGAAUAAUGGACUGCGGUCACGGUUCCGACCAAGUGGAGGAUUUGACAUCAAACCAACUCGAACGAAAUCCAAGUUCAGCGACGACUUCGAAGAUCCGUUCAAAUCCGCUGAGGUCACUCGUGACAGCGAUAGCAACCGCGUCAACUUCAAACUACAGAACAUCAAGCCCAGCCUUCGACUGCCGUCUUCGUCUCCAUCGUUCGGUCCUAGUACUUCCUCGACGUUUGCCAGCUUCACCUCGGACGAAACCAGCGGUGAAGUCAACCGAACCAAACCGGAACUCAACCGACCUCGCUUCAGCAUCAAAGAAUACCGAAAUAAGCUGAACCGAACAACACCCACAAGUACGACCUCCACCAGCAGCACCACAACGUCCUUCUUCGGCGUGUUCGACCAGGACGUAACGACUCAGCCCUCGACGAAGUUGCGAUUCCCCACGAGGAAUCGUUUCGUGCUGAACUUCAGGGUGAACAAGACUUCCGAAUCGAAUGAAGUGCUCUCGCCCAACUCCGGAAGCAGCAGUAGCAGCACUACGGAAAAGCCGGCGGCGACAAUCAACGAUACGACCACCGUGAGGACAUCGUUCCGACCGACGGGAACCCGCGGGCAGUUCAACCGGUUCACGGUCAAGAAGGCCACUACGGAGCAGCCGCAGCUGUCAAGCGUAUCGUCCCGAGUGGUGAACCGAGGUCGCAUUCGGCUGCAGGAUACUACCACACAAUCGACACCGAAUCGAACCUCCAUCCCGGCGACCUUGAACACCAGCACCCUGGCGAACCGACGUCCGCCGAAGAUAAGUCUCCGGCAGCGAAUCCAGAACUACAACCGCAAAAAGGACACCGAAGGGUCGCUGAACAACCCGGAAGCGGAGAACAACAGUUUGCUGAAUUCGUCGGACGAGGUCAAGCAGUCUUUCGACGAUCUGUCGAUCCUGGGCAGUGAUGCGCAGAAUCGCUUCGAGGAAAGUCAAUCCGUGCCAUCGACUUCGACUAGCACCAGCACUACGACGACCGAGGGUUAUCGACAUCCGGAGACGGCCAUCAUGAAGAUAUCGCCCAAGGACUCGUCGGGCAAUGGCUACAAUAGCAACAACGACGGAGACUGGGAUUUGAACAGUGCUUCGUCUGAUUACUCCAAACGGGUUGUUGAGCUGACCCUGUCGGCCAGCAAGGACAAGGGCUUCAAAUCGGUCAACAAGGGCUUGCUGUCGAGGCGAGUACCUGGGUACUUUACGCUGGCCACGGAAGACCCUAUUCUGCCCAUCGAAGCAUUCUUUCCACAGGUGAAGAAAGUGAGUGCGUGAUGUGUGAGAGACUGUCAUUCGUUGAAAUGAGUGUAAAAUGUGUUCUUUGACUAACGAGAGCGAGAGUGAGAAUGAGAGCGACAAUGAUUGAUCUGCUUUUGGAUUUUCUGUGUGUAUAAGGAGUUGUUCUCUAUUAGACCUCAACUGGUUCGAUAAAUACUCAAGAAACUAUCAGUUUCAAAGAUCUUUA